AAAAUUGUUGAAAAACUUCACGGUGGUCUAUUGGGGGCUGUCGGUGGAAGAAUUUUCUGUCAAUAAAAAAGGGUUCUGUGUGAUUAUUUCCUGAAGUAGGAUAGAAAAAAUGGAUAAGAAUCAUAUUGAUGGGAAUACUGCGAUAAAUCAAGAUGAACUAAUCUUACAGCAACAGCGACAAAUUGAGAAGGAGAUCUCUGAGACAACACCGCUAGUUAGCGAAUUGCAAACCAUCUCAACACUAGAUGCCGAAUACAACGAUGAUCCCGUUUACAGUUCCAAAGUGAAGGAUUUGGCGUCAAAAUAUGAAGCACUGAGGCACACGCGUCCGGAUGGGAAUUGUUUCUUCAGGGCUUUUGCAUACUCAUACCUUGAGUAUCUCAUAAAUAACCGCGAAGAUUAUGAGCAAUUCAAGGAGAAGGUAGCAAGCUCGAAGGAAAGAUUGAUCUCUCUGGGACUGCCACAGUUUACACUUGAGGAUUUCUAUGAAACAUUCAUGGAGGUUAUUCAGCGUGUGGCACCACCGGAAAAUGCCGAUGAGGACAAUAGUGGUGCCCUGAGUGAAUUACAUCGUCUCUUCAAUGAGCAGGGCUUCUCAGACUACGUCGUGGUGUACUUGAGGCUCAUCACAUCGGGGCAAAUUGAGGAGAAUGCCGACUUCUAUGCGGAUUUCAUCGGUGGCUAUGCAUCCGUCAAGGAGUUCCGUCAUCAGGAAGUUGAACCCAUGUACAAGGAAUCCGACCACAUUCACAUUAUUGCAAUCUGUACUGCCCUCGGUGUUGGUGUUCGCGUUGAGUACAUGGACCGCGGGGAUGGUGGCCAGGUGAAAGCACACGAUUUCCCCGAGGACAAGACCCCCCGGGUGUACCUCCUCUACCGACCCGGACACUACGAUAUCCUCUACCCAAAGGUAAGCACACCGACUGAUGACAUCCCAGAUUCGUAAAAUAAAGAUGAGGAGCGCUCCCUCAACUGGCUGGUGAGAUUUUCCAUUAAAUACAUCUUUUUUUUUCAAAUAUCUCGCUACUAAAUAAAUUUAUUUCCUAUAACGAAAA